CUCCCACGAAGGCGUAACCAGAGGGCUCCCGGUUCGUGGGAACGAAGAUGUGGCUCCACGGUUUGGUGCUUUGCUCUUUUCUGUACCAGAAAGUACGCAACUAAGUUGCAGAAGGUUUUGCAGAAACAAACAACGUGGAGACAAAGCCUCUGGGAGCCCGGCCUCGUCCUGCAGGAUUGACGAGCGCGCUGACCAAUGGGAGCAUCGCUUAGAUCCUGAGGGGCGGGCUCUCUGCAGAGAGGUCUGGAAGGUGGCGGUGGCCAAGGCGCUGGCGGUUAAGGUUGUUCCGAGACAGGUAACUAUGAAAGGCUUGUAUUUUCAACAGACUUCCUCCAAUGAAGAAAUAACAUUUGUAUUUCAAGAAAGGGAAAAUCUUCCUGUUACAGAGGAUAACUUCGUGAAAGUUCAAGUUAAAGCUUGUGCUCUGAGCCAGAUAAAUACAAAGCUUCUGGCAGAAAUGAAGAUGGAAAAGAAUUUUUUUCCUGUUGGGAGAGAAAUUGCUGGAAUUGUGUUAGAUGUUGGCAGCAAAGUCUCCUUCUUCCAGCCAGAGGAUGAAGUAGUGGGAAUUUUGCCCUUGGAUUCUGAAGACCCUGGACUUUGUGAGAUUCUUAGAGUACAUGAGCAUUACCUAGUUCAUAAACCAGAAAAAGUUACAUGGACAGAAGCAGCUGGAACCAUUCGGGAUGGAGUACGAGCCUACACAGCUCUGCAUUAUCUCUCACAUCUCUCUCCUGGAAAAUCAGUGCUGAUAAUGGAUGGAGCAAGUGCAUUCGGCACAAUAGCCAUUCAAUUAGCACACCACAGAGGAGCCAAAGUGAUUUCAACAGCAUGUAGCCUGGAAGACAAGCAAUGCCUUGAAAGACUUAGGCCAUCUUUAGCUCGAGUGAUUGAUGUAACUAAUGGAAAAGUCCAUCUUGCUGAAAGCUGUUUGGAGGAAACAGGCGGCCUGGGAGUAGAUAUUGUCCUAGAUGCUGGAGUGAGAUUAUAUAGUAAAGAUGAUGAACCAGCUGAAAAAUUACAACUACCACAUAAACAUGAUAUCAUCACACUUCUUGGUGUUGGAGGCCAUUGGGUAACAACAGAAGAGAACCUUCAGUUGGAUCCUCCAGACAGCCAUUGCCUUUUCCUCAAGGGAGCAACAGUGGCUUUUCUUAAUGAUGAAGUUUGGAAUUUGUCCAACGUACAACAAGGGAAAUAUCUUUGUCUGUUAAAAGAUGUCAUGGAGAAGUUAUCAGCUGGCAUUUUUAGACCUCAGUUGGAUGAACCCAUUCCACUGUAUGAGGCAAAAGUGUCCAUGGAAGUUGUUCAGAAAAAUCAAGAAAGAAAAAAGCAAGUGGUUCAAUUUUAAUUUUCUUCUUUCCCAGACCUCGUUUGGACAAAUCCAUACCAGUAUUUGAAGCCAGUUUUCUUUAGAAAUUGUUGAGAAAAAUCAAGGAAGAUAAAAGCAAGUUCAUUUUUAAGCAUGUUUUUCUUCCAUAACAAGGUGUUCGGUUAUUUGACUUAUUUGAAAAAUACUUGCAAAUUACUGUGCAAAAGAUUCACAUAAUUCUUUUAACAUCUGAAGGGAAUAUUCUGAAAACUGUUUUAGUAGUUUCUCUACAUGUUGCCUCUGCUCUAAAAUUCUUUCCCUAAAGAAAACUGCGUUCAGCAAAAAUCACGAUGGUCUGUUGAUCCAUACCUGUAACAGACUGUAACUGUCAAAGUCGUUUUAGUUUUGUAUCAACUCCAUUCCCAACGUCUUCCUUAGCAAGCCUUUGCUGCCAAGAUUUACUGAAGCAUUUAAGUAUAUUCCCAGAUAUCAACGUUUCUGUGAUCUAAUACAUAGACAUUUAAAUGUU